AUGACCGGCAUUGCAGCAAGGCUGACUCCUGAUGAAAUCGCCGCAAUGCAGGAUAAGCCUGGAUUUGUGGCGGCUCACCCAGAGCAAAUAUACAGCCUCCAGACAACGCACAGCCCCCAGUUCUUGGGCUUACCACUGCAUCAAGGAUCUUUCAAUGGUUCAACUAUGGGAAAGGGAAUUAUCAUUUGCGUUAUCGUAAUGGGUGUAACGCCAGACCACCCUGCAUUCGGUGUUUGGAAACCCGACCACGCCUGUGGUUACUUCUUUCUCUUCAAGAGGCCCGAGCUUGGUUUCCCUGGGAAUUCUGAAGCCAGACAUUAUUGGUCCUGGGCCAUAUUAGCAACAUAUUACUUCGACAUUCUUUUUGGCACUUCCAUGUCUUGUCCUCACCUCAGCGGCAUCACGGCUUUGAUAAAGGGUGUUCAUCCGGACUGGUCUGCAGCAGCGAUCAAAUCGGCUACCAUGACUUCAGCUAAGCAGCUGAACAUCAAUCAAAACCCGAUCCUGGACAAAAGGCUUCAAGCCGCGGAUGUCUUUGCCAUCGAAGCAGGCCAUGUUGAUCCUGUAAAGGCCAUUGACCCUAGAUUCAUUUACGACAUUCAGCCUGACGAUUACAUUCCUUAUCUCUGUGGUCUGGAAUACACCGACAAGCAGGUGGCUACAAUUGCUCACAAACUAGUGAAAUGCUCGGGAGUUUCUAGCAUUCCUGAGGGAGAGCUGAACUACCCCUCAUUUUCGGUCACCCUUGGACCUUCAUAG